AUGGAUACUGUGAAGGAGGCGCUCACCAUUCCGCGUCUUACUUUGCUGGCGUCGGCAGACUGCCUCAUUCAGACUGGACGGGCUCAUCUGGCAGAUCUCGUGAAAAACUGCACAGCCAAGUAUGAGUACUCGAUCCAGUACGUCGAGCGCAAUCCUGCCGCAGAUCUAUUCUUCAGUCCAACGCCUGCGAAGCCAGUCCCCGAGGCAGAGGCCCAUGUGCAUUUUCAGGUGAAGGGCUGGUUUCUCAAGAACUUGCACGCCAGUCAAGUGACUGGACGAGAACUCGAUGAAGUGCACUCCGCAGUGGGGAAAUCGUCCCUCAUUGCAGAUAAGCCCGACAACGGACCGCCAAUCGUAUUCUGGUUCGAAAACCAAAACUUAAAACACACUCCUGAGCGCACCCUCGCCGCUGGAAAGUUCGAAGGUUGGAUCGACCGGAUUGUGCAAGACAAGCUUCAGCUGCGGCGUCAACACAGGAUGAGGACCGCCUUCGAAAUCAGCCGGAUGAACGUUUCGGGGACUCCCAUCCAGAAGCUACUUCAGGAGCAGAAGGAUGCAUGCAUUCGUGCGGAGCAACAGGCAGAGCAUGAGGCGCAAGCGAAUGCGAGGCGAGAGGCCCUAGCGGCGGCGUCGACUGAGGCAGCAAGGAGGCGGGAGCGAGAAGCGAGAUCCAGUGGAACAGACGUUUUCACCCCGCGCAUGCUCUUUGAGGUUCCCCAAGAGGAACUGCCUCUGGAGCAAGUUCUGCAAAAGGUCUUCGAUGCUGCAGAUGAAGACAAAGAAGGCAAACUGCCUCACAAGGAGGUGGCCGACCUGCUACUCGCCUCCCCCUUGGGGCUCCAGCGCUGGGACUUGUUGCUCCUCCUCGCGUCCGCUGCUCACGAGGAUCGCCAAGGCUUCAUUCACUACCGGGAAUUUGUCGAGCAAGCACCGGGGGUGAUCCGGACUCUCCGGGAGAGGCGAAAGGCCGCAGUCGGGACAAAUCUGUGCCAUGUGACCGACGAGGCAGUCCAGCUGUGCUACAAAGAUGAAUUGGAGGAUGCGUGGAGAAUCAUGCGCGACAUUUUUGAAGCUGCCGAUCCGUCGGCCGCCGCAACAGGCAAGCUUCCUCGCGGUGUGUUUCUCGAGUGCUUGCGAAGCCGGCCUGAGAGAUUUUCCUCGAUGGAGGUCACACUGUUGAUGCAGAUGGCACCUACAGACGACAACGGCCGCGUUUCUUUCUAUUCCUUCGCAUCCAUGCUAAGGAUCCUGAGACGCGAGAGCAUCAACCACGCCGUGCUGGAGACUGACAGAAACGCCUUGAGAGAAGAAAUCCUCCUUGCGCUCCAAAAGAUGGGAUGCAGCGACGAGUCUGUUCUGCCUCUGUGGGUUUUCCGGGACGUCCUCGCCGGCACGCAGCUGUGUCUAUCGCGAAUGCAGAUCCAUGCGCUGUUAUGCAUGCUCGUUUUCGACCGCUUCGGAGUCGUCCACUGCGCCCAAUUCCUCGAGGUCGUGUGCGCCGUCGUGCCGCAGCUGUACGACUGCCACGUGUUCAUGGACCGCGCUGAACGCAUCGCCAAAGAAGCGGCGGACGCCGCUGCCCGUGCGGAGAUCGAAGAGCUUCAGGGCCUCACUGGCGGAAAGUCCAGGCGGAAGCAAAGCACGAAGGAGACCGACGCGCACAAAGGCGACGGAUUCGAAGACAGCGAACAGGGAGACGCGCCGGAUAAGGAGACUGUGGAGAAAACUCUCAUUCACUUGUUCACGGUCAUAGACGACAAGCGCAGAGGGGUCAUUCCAGUUCAAACUUUCAUCUCAGCCAUGCGCUACUGGGCGACCGGAGCCGGCUCUAGUCAACAGGCGGCAUCGCGAUAUUCCCCUGCUCAACUUCUCCAGCCUUCUGGAGCGCCGAGCGGCAGGCCGGGGUCGCCCUCUGGGGCGGGCGGGACCGGCGCGGGUCUCCCGGGGCCUUCUCUGAGUCUCGCGCGCCCCGCCUCGGCCGCAGGACUGGAGCCCAAAGGUUUCGGGCCCGGCGGGCCUCAGGGGCCCUCGGGGCUCCAGAGCGGGCCUGCGGGGUCUGCCGCGGCGGCGGCGGAGCGCCGAUACGCCGACGUCGUGGCGAGCUGUCGGCUCUCAGUGGAAGAGAUCACUGGUCUACUGGCGGAAGUCGACGUCGACGACCAGCGCCAGGAAGUGGCUUACCAGGAGCACAUCAAAACCUGGAUUCCGAUAGUCUUUGAAAUGCGGAAAUCUCCCGUUUUCCACCAACUCAUUCACUCACAUGUCGAUGCGAUUGUCUGGCAAGACAGCGACGCGGUGCCGCCCGGGCUGGAAUCCGACGCGGGAGAGUCUGAAGCAGCGCCUUUCAACGACAAACACCUUGCAAGAAGUGAAGCGUGA